AUGGAGCGAACCGAGCUGUCCGGCGACGUGGUCCGCUGGGGCGCCGAUCACAAGGUCUCCUCCGCCGCGGCCUGCUGCACCGCCUGCCUCGCAGAGGACCGCUGCUCCGUCUGGGUCUACUGCGCCGGACCGGCUUGCGGGGCGCAGGCGGGAGAGUGCUGGCUCAAGGCCCUCGCCGACCCGUUCAGCGACGUCGACCUCGUCCGAGGCCGCUCCGACCGGUGGACGUCGGGGACGCGGCUGCCUCCGCCUCCGGCCGGCGCCACUCCGAGCCGCGCCGUCCCUGCCUCGGAGGCGCACUUGCUGCUCCGGCUCGCGGACGGGCUGGGGAGCGUGCGGCUGCGGCUGCGGGACGGUUCGCCAAAGGCCAAGGAGUGGGCGCUGGUCGAUCAGCAUGCCGACUGCCACGGGUGCACCUUUUACCGUGCCGAGGCGGUCCCUCCGCACUGGGGCAGCCCCGACUGGCCAGACACGUACGAGGGCGGCCGGUGGGGCCCGCCGUACGCGCUGGUGCAGGGCGGGCUCUCGGCGCGAGGCGCGGCGGAGCCUCCUCGCGUGCCGCGCGAGGACAACCCGGUGGUGCGGCGCGGCAUGGCGGCGUGGGCUGGCGGUGGGAGUGGGCCCGCCUUCUUCAUCGCGCUCGCCGAUCAUCCAGAGUGGGGGCGAGGGCACACGGUCUUUGCCGACGCCGUCACCGAGGACAUAGCAGCGCUCGAGCGCAUCCUCGCCCUCCCGACAAAGACAACUCCGGGCAAAAUCCCGAUCACGAACCUCGUCACGCCGGCAAAAUAA